AUGGUCAUGCUCUCUGUCCAGAACCUUGUGCUCGUCUACACAACUAUGCUCUCCUCGCUCGCUGGUUUCUGCAUCUACGAUCCGCGCAUCAUCCUCAAACAAGGCACAGUCCAGCUCAUUGCCGAUGCCAUGCAAAUUCCGCACUAUCCCUACCCACCGGAAUCACUCAGCAUUGCAGGCCUUCUCCUCUUCUUUCAAGCAUGGAUCUACCUCACCAUCUAUGUACGCAACGACAUCGGCUUACUAGCUGCACUCACACCGCUACGCUUUCUUUUCAGCUUUGCUCUGUGUGGAUGGAGUUACUUGACCAGCAACCUUGCAGUGGGCAAUGCACUCGUCUUUUCCGCUGCGUUUGGAGAUUUGAUCUUUCAAUUUUGGUUGUAUGCCACAUUACGUGAAGCGACAGCCAAUGGUUCUGGCGCUACACCGGUUGCAUAA